AUGGACCACCUCUGCCCCCGCGCCAGCUUCCCCCAAUCCCCAUGUCUAGCCUGCUUCUCCCGAACCACCGCCACCACCAACAACGCCGAAACCUCCACCAUCCAACAAAUCCGCCGCCCCUCCAGCGUCGCCAGCGUCACGAGCAUCAUGUCCUUCCCCGGCCGAGCCGUCAAGCGCGCCACCAGACACGCCAACCGCCUCAGCCAAAUCAUUUCCGGCAUUCUGCAUUCCCCGUCGACAACUUCGCCCUCUCCUUUCGCUGCGAAUGCCUUUGCUGCCCAGCCUUUCGCUUCUUUGGCAGAGGGGGAGAGGCUGCGCAAGGACUCGGCUACGCUGCCUGUUCUCUGUCCGCUUGUGAGGAAGGUGGCGGGCGGUGUGCAGUGA